UCGGCGGGGCGGGAGCGGCCCCGGGGCCCCCCCUAACGCCCCCCGCCCUCACCGGCCGGGCCCGCACCCCCAAACCCCCCCCGGGCACCGGGCUCUCCAUGCGAGCCCGGCCCCGAUGGCCGCGGUCCCGAGCGCCGCGGGCGAGCGCCGGCCGGAGGACGCGGGACCGGGAUCGCGACAGGGACCGCGACAGGGACCGGGACAGGGAUCGGCCCCGUCCAGCGGCGCCGCCUCGGACGAUGAGAUCGCCACGAGCGACAGCGGCGACAGCUGCGACAGCGGCGGCAGCACCGGCAGCAGCGGGCCCCCGUCCAUCCUGCGGCGCUCCCGCGCGCGCCGGGCCGGGAAGCGCGUGCGCUUCGCCCAGGUCACCGUCUAUUACUUCGCCCGGCGCCAGGGCUUCACCUGCGUGCCCAGCGCCGGCGGCAGCUCGCUGGGCAUGGCCCCCCGGCACCACCGCGCCCGCAGGUACAGCCUCAGCCAGUUCGCUCACCUGCGCCAGGUGAGCCACCGGCAGCACCUGCGGCAGCACCUGCGCAGGGAGAAGCUGCGAGCCAGGAGGAGGGAGCUGACCCAGAACGGCGCCGUGCCCUCGGCCGAGGCCGCGGGGCUCACCCUGGCCGACGUGUCUGACGAGGAGCUGGAGGCGGGGCAGGUGGAGCUGGGCGAUUAUUUCUACCUGCAGCCGCUGCCCACCAAGCGGCGGCGGGCGCUGCUGCGCGCCUCGGGCGUGCGCCGCAUCGACGCCGAGGAGCGGCAGGAGCUGCGCGCCCUGCGCCUGUCCCGCGAGCAGUGCGGCUGCCUGUGCCGCCUCACCUGCGAGCCGCGCAGCUGUGCCUGCAGCCAGGCGGGCAUCCAGUGCCAGGUGGACCGCAGCUCGUUCCCCUGCGGCUGCUCGCGGGACGGCUGCGGGAACGCGGCCGGCAGGAUCGAGUUCAACCCGCUGCGGGUGCGCACGCACUUCCUGCACACCCUGAUGAAGCUGGAGCUGGAGAGCCGGCGCCAGGAGCAGCAGGAGGGGGCGGCCCCCGCCCUCCCCGCCCCCAGCUGGCCGCCCCCCCCGCCCCCCCAGCCCCCCGAGACUCAGGACUUCCAGGAGUACCUGGCGGAGAACGAGCGGGCGGUGCUGCACCUGCAGACGGCCGAGGAGCUGGAGAGGCUGAAGGCUGAGGAAGACUCUGGCAGCGGCUCCGGGGGGGAGGGGGGCGGGCUGUGCGUGCUGGGGGAGCAGCUGGAUGACACCUGGCAGGUGAAACCUGCCCCCUGCCCCGGCCUGGGCUCCCCCCUCCUCAUCCCAGCCCAGUUCCCGCUGGAAUCGCCGGUGCUCUGCUCCCAGCCCUACCUGGCCGAGGCACCUGGGCUCUACUGCCAGCCUGAGCCAGGGGCAGGUGCCAGGGGGGGCACUGGGCACCUGGAGCAUCCAGCUGCAGCCUCCAGCCCCCCUGGGAAGGAGCUGGGGGUCCCACCUGGCCCUGCUGCUGUCAGCAAGGGAGGAGCACCUGAGAAUCUGCCCGAGCACCUGGAGCACCCUCACCUGCCCAUAUGAGUGGCCUCA